AUGCUAGUUUCAUCGCCUUCACCUUCCGCCGCCUUGCGCCCAUCUCCCGCCUCUCCUCAUACACACCAUCCUCCUCCUCAUCCUCCUCCAUCUGCUCCUCAUUCUUCGCAUUCCCAACCUUCCAUCCCUUUAUCCUCCUCCUCGGCAGUCUCCUCCUCUCCCCGUCCGCCUUCUCGUCGCCCUUCGACCACGACAACCUCCAUUCCUUCACAUGACCAGUAUGAGCCCUCCGGGCCCGUUCCUGCUGCCUCGUCCAGACAUCGUUUCGAUCUCCAUUCUUCCCGCGCCGCCAUUGAAGAGCUGCGAUCAGCUCUAAAGCGGCACACCGUUGGUCAUUUCCCUUCGGGGCCCUCAGGGGAUCUGCCUCGCGGUCGGAUGUCCGCCGGGCUGACCUCCUCUGGGGGCGGAAGUAGCAUCACGUCUGACGCCGCCAUUCCCGCCUCCCACCAGCACAGUCACCGUCACCCUCACCCUACUGCUCCUUCGCAAACGUCUGUUCCUGCAGCCGCCGCCGCCGCCGCCACCGCUGCCGCUUCUUCCGCCCCUGCCCCUGCCCCUGCCCCUGCCCCUGUCUCCUAUUCAACCGCUACGCCUCCCAUGCCGGCUCCCAGCAGCGUUGGUUCAGGGUCCACUAAGCGCAACAGCCCCAACGGCCCGACCAACGACGGGAUGCGGCCCGGUGCGAUGGGCCAUGCAGACCUGGAAGGCUCUCAGAGCAAACGGUUACGCCCGGAAAAGCCCGUUGUGAAGCUGCUGCCGGCCCAGUACGAGCUGGCUGAUGCUCGGGAUCUAGUGGUGUUGAUCUCCAGCAUGCUGAUGGAACUGAUCCGAUUCAACGAUAAGAUCCCCCUUCAUCAAGGCCGGCUGACCCGCUUUCACUCUCGCACGCCACCCCGCAUCUCCGUUCAUGACUACUUGCAACGGCUCACGACCCACGCCACGCUCUCGCCCCCGAUCCUGCUCAGCAUGGUAUACUAUAUCGAUCGGCUCUGUGCCAUGUAUCCCGCCUUCACGGUUUCCAGUCUGACAAUCCAUCGGUUCUUGAUUACCAGCGCUACAGUGGCCAGCAAGGGUUUGAGCGACAGUUUCUGGACGAACAAGACCUACGCACGGGUUGGAGGCAUCAGCAUGACCGAGUUGGCACUGCUAGAGCUGGAAUUUCUCUUCCGCGUCGAAUGGCGCAUUGUUCCCGAGCCGGAAGUCCUCGUGGAUUAUUACCAGAGCCUGGUAGAGCGCUGCGAUGGGUAUGCAAUUCAACGGGAUAGUUGA